CUUCCUGGUUAAAUAAAGGUUAAGAAAAUCAUGCAUUGGCAUUUCCUGGUUAAAUACAGGUUAACAAAUAAAUGUCUCUCUCUGUGUAUCUGCUCUAGGGGCUCAGCACCGCGUCGGUAGUGGCACAUUGACCAGUCUGGGGUCCCCUCACCUGGCACCUGGUGGUACCAUCGGUCACAAUGGGCCGAACACCUCAGAAAGAGCCAAAAGAAGAGAGGAGGGAGAAACCUGAGAGAAGUAACCCCUCUCCAGGAACCGGCCCCCCCUCUCUGGAUAAAUUUAAUGAACCCUUCAGUUGGGAGGAGUACCUUAAGGAAACGUCAUCCACAGCCGCUUCUCCCAGCUGUUUCAGACAGUCCCGUUUCCCUCCCAGUAAUGACUUCAAGGCUGGUAUGAAGCUGGAAGCCCACGACCCUCGGAACAACACGUCCAUCUGCAUCGCCACGGUGAUGGGUAUGAUGGGUACGCGCCUGCGUCUCCGUCUGGACGGGAGUGACAACACCAACGAUUUCUGGAGACUGGUGGACUCCUCAGACAUUCAGCCUAUAGGGACCUGUGAGAGGACAGGAGACAUGCUGCAGCCACCUCUGGGCUUCAGAAUGAAUGCCUCCUCGUGGCCUAUGUUCCUCCUGAGAACCCUGACUGGAGCAGAGAUGGCACCAGCCACAGCUUUUAAAAAGGAACCCUCCAUGCCCUCCCAGAACCUCUUUAAACCUGGGAUGAAGCUAGAAGCAGUGGACAAGAAGAACCCCUACCUGAUUUGCCCGGCAACCAUCGGAGAGGUCAAAGGUGAUGAGAUCUUUGUGAUGUUUGACGGCUGGAGAGGGGCCUUCGACUACUGGUGCCAGUUUGACUCCAGAGACAUAUUCCCUGUAGGAUGGUGUUCUCUGACCAGGCACAGCAUCCAGCCUCCUGGCAACUUCUGUAAGUAUCUCAACCUCACCACUAGAGGACAGCAGAGCCCUGCUUUCUGAUGCGUUUGACCUGUCUGUCACCACGGGUGCUGCUGGCCCAGGGUUUCUUUCUGAAGCUGCCUGAAUGAGCAGAGCUGGAUGAGAAAAACAAACUGUUUCUUUCUGCGAGGAUUUCGCUGGCUGUUUUCCCCUAUUUCCUGUGCUAUUUCCUUUUAUAUUUGACUAAAAUACAACUAGUAGGUUUACUACAAUUAGUACUUUUCCACUGGUAAUAAUAUUCCUUAAUGUGUUCCACUGGUGUACAUUCAAGCAGGAUUGUCCUUCCACACAUUGCAUUUGGGUCUAGUUUGCUUGUAAAAAGCCAAGAUUAUAUAUAUCAUUAUUUUGUAUUGCCUUUUUUUUUUUACAGGUUAAGAUCAUUUUUUGAUUCAAGUAAAUCAUUGUAAAUAUAUGAUUGUGAGCUUCGUAAUAUCUUCCUUAAUGUGUUAUCUGUUUAACACUCUACUGCACACAACCUUUUUGCCCCCAUAUCAUUUAAAAAAACUCCUACACAUGACAAUAUGAGAUGACAUGUCUGUAAAUAAGCCAAUGAGGUGCAGAAGUUGGUAUGACGUAUCAAUUGGGGGAGGGACCUUCUUACAGGAAGCAGAGCGACCUGAGUAAGUGAAGGGUACAAUGCAUUUCAUUAUUUUGCAUGUUUAAAUAGAGACAAUAAAAAUAUGUACUUGUGUAGGAACCUCUAAAGCAGAAUAUUUGAUAGGUUUUAAACAUUUUCUUUUUAUAUUUAUUCAAAAAAUGAAAUGUUAUUUUGUUGCCUCAGGGCAACAUUGUGCAGUCGGGCUACUUUUCUUUUUGCCUCAGGGCAAUAUCAUGCUCAAUGAAAGACGUGUAAAAGGAUGGCCUUGGACAAUUUUUGUCCAACAUAUCCACUGCCAUUCACAGGCAGUGGACACAGAGACAUUCCAUUCUAGCCUAAUCUGAUAGAGAGGGCCAUGAACUUUAGGACAAUGACAGCUAGGAAGAAUGGGCCCCAGAAUGUAGUUUAUGCGCAACUUGUAUUUUUGGAAUGAAAAGAGUGCUUCUUUGUACUACGUUCCCCUUAAUCUGUUGUUGGUCUUAACAUUAGUUUCAAGUUCUAUUCUGUCUUUUUUUCAAUAGAUUCUUUUUUCAAUUAUUGAUACAUUAUCAAAAGGCAUAAAACUUCCCAAAAAAUAGUAUAUAAUAUUUGUAGUAAUGAACAACCAAAUGGUGUGCAGUACAGGGUUAAUCCUUCAUCACGUCCUACAGUAGCAGCUGGUGUUGAUUCUUAAUGCUAGAUUACUACAUGCAGCUGUAUUGUUCAUACCUAUUUGUUCAUGUCAAGCUGUGACCAAUUAUUGUUCCUUCUCAGCAUACCACAGGGUAUGUGUUGCUUUUCAUAACCCUUUGAUUGGUAAACCCUCAUAGUAAGGCUGAUGAUCACGAGGCCUUUAUUUCAUCUAUUGGACACAGACUUCCCUUGGCUUUCUUCAAUUCCUCAACCUGACCCAUUUUUCAUAGAAAUCUACCCAUUUCUUAAAUCAUUUCUGGUUAUUUUUAAGUAAUAUGUUCUUAACACCAAACAAACUAAAAUAGAGAAGUAAUUAACUCUUAAUUCCAUGACAAAUGAAAGGGGUUUAACACAACGUUGACUCACCUGUCAAUCAUUUUAAAUGUGUGAAUGAUUUCAGCUCAGACACACUUUCCUUCAGUGCAGGAAGAAUAUUGUUUUGCCUUAUUUAAUAGAGCCUGAUUACCAGCCAGGGCCUGUCAUCCCUGCUACCGUGCUGUAUGCUCGUUUUGAUAGGUUUUAGCAUACACAAAACAUCCAGCAGUCUUCUAUACUCCACAUUACCAGCCAGGGCCUGUCAUCCCUGCUACCGUGCUGUAUGCUCGUUUUGACACAAAACAUCCAGCAGUCUUCUAUACUCCACAUUACCAGCCAGGGCCUGUCAUCCCUGCUACCGUGCUGUAUGCUCGUUUUGACACAAAACAUCCAGCAGUCUUCUAUACUCCACACUAUCUAUCACUUUACUUAGAGAGUCAAAACAACUCUCCCAGUACAGCUUCAUGAUGUCUUGUGCUAUAAAGCUUCAAGCUGCUCUCUACAGGUCCGACAGGGGAAUUGAUAUGGGUUGCAUUAAGACUUCUGACAGAGGUUGUAUACCAAAUAGCCCCCUAUUCCCUAUCUAGUGCACUGGUCAAAAUGAGUGCACUAUAAAGGGAAUAUGGGGCCAUUUGGGAUACAGUCUGUGACUGAUGGUGGUAGUUAUGUGUCUUUCAAACUGGCCUCAAUCUGGUCCUCUUCCCCCCCGAGCCACUGGCAUGUUUACAACUGUCUUCCUGUGUUUAGUGUGUGUGUGUCUGUUUGUCAUCUGAGUGUGUGUGUGUGUGUGUGUGUGUGUGUGUGUGUGUGUGUGUGUGUGUGUGUGUGUGUGUGCGCCACGGUGUAGGUGCAGAGAGGAUAUAGUAUGACGUGGAGAUGGAUGCAUCUCUUCUCUCAGCAGAACUUUAACUGUUAGGAAACACACACUUCCUCUAUCUCAGUAUCAGUAACAGUCAGUUGGGGGGUUACUACCACCUUGUUCAGGUCAACGGCUCACAUUUCUCUGACUGAAAAAAGUAUUUAUCAGGCUUCAAAUGUAUAUGUCUUUUGCUAUGUUUUUUAAAGAUGCAAUAUGCAGAAAUCGCUCUGCUAUUUCCUGACUGCUAAAAUUCUAAUAGUUCUCCUGAUUUCAGUUUGUUCCUAAACAACCAAUAUACGGUACAAUGAUUCUCUACACCAUCUAAAGAGCUGUGAGUAGAAUCAUUGUGCCAUCUAAAGAGCUGUGAGUAGAAUCAAAGUGACACAUUGCUGCUUUUAAAAGAGGUAAUGACAUUUAUCAUUUUUAAUCAUUUUACAUUUUUUUAUUUAUUUUUUAUGUUCCGUUAAACUUUUGUUUGGUUUGAUCAUAAUUUCUACCAAGUUUUAUUACAAAUCUUUUAUAAGAAGUUAUCAAUGCAACUUGUUAAUUUGAUGCAGAAGUUUAGAUGGAGAAAAGGUUUUCCUUCCCGUAGCUGCUUUUAGAGAGCAUGAGAUCUAUCCUCAGAGUGG